CACGUGAAUUUGUGUCAUCAGCAUCAGUAUACGUGUGAGGUGAUCCUGUUGUUGUGGGGUAUAUAAAGAACGAACCUAUGGUGGAUUAGACUAUUGUUACUCAAAUUCGUUGAGAUCAUCAUCACAUUGUUUUUAAACUGGAAGUGCAUUAUCCUAUAAAUCAGAAUGCUGAAACUGCUAGUUGUUGCUACUGUGCUGGUUUCAUCAGCUAGUGCUGCAUCCCAAUGCUGUGGCCCACCUCAGUACAUGGGAGCCCUUGGGAGCCUUGUGGGUCAGUCAGCCGUCCCUGGCCAGGACCCCCUUGGAGUAAACUUCUUGCAGUACGGUGCAUGGGACUACACCAACAGGAAGUUUGGCUACAUGAUAGAUGUGGUCUUUGCCAACGGCACCUCAUCCCAAUACGGAGCCAUCCAGGAUUAUGCAAAGGGUACUCAGUGGUUGUUCGUAGAUGAAAUCAAGUACUGCAUGAUGCAAAAAGCGCCCCUACCAGAACCUUCAAUCUGUAUUCCAGACGACGCCGUCUUCUUCAGCAGCCUGUCCAUAGGUGGCAACGGAUCCGAUUCCUUGUUGGUGGACUCCUAUUCGAAGACCUACAAUGAAGGCACUCUGGUUGGUGGAGGCAGUAUCACCGUGAGGCACAAGGACUGCUUCCCGUUAGGCUCCCAGUUCAUGGGAACAAGCAGUGAGAUGGGACCCCCUGUUCCAACUGUUGUUUCCAAUGGCUGGUUUAACAUAACCAUUGGGAUCCCUAAACCCGAUGAUUGGUUUACUGUACCCAGCUACUGCGACCAACAGGAGACCAAUUCCGCCCGUCGUCCUCGUCACGUCCACAGCAUGCAUCUGAAAAGGUUCUUCUAGGUGUGGAUUCAAUGGCCCUCUAUGCCGGAGAAGUGAGAACCAACAUUCUGUUCACUAUUAUAGGAGAGGACCUGUGCUGUUGUAAUGAAACAUUUGCUGAAAUUGGGAUAAGCUUUCAUUUAAUACUUUAAUUCAAGUAAUAUUGAUGAUAAUUUUGUGUCUUAGAGGUUUGGUGUCACAGAAAGCAUGUUUUUAAAUCUAUCAUAUGCUGCACAUGAUUACAUAAUAUUAGAUUCUUAUUAUAAGUGUAAUUCUAGAUUUGCCAUUAUCAUAGAAAAUUUAAGCGCAUGUUAGGGUGCUAGCAAGACAAAUAGAGUUUGCUGAACUUUGUACAAAUUAUCAUGGACUUUGUUUUUUUUGUAUACCUACUGCAGUGUAUUUUUUAUUUUUUUUUGCCAAUCUUUUAUAAAAGUUUAAUACAUUUUGUUUAAUCAACCAUAUUCUCCUUGUCAUGAAAGUGAUCAUACAAAUCAGUCGAAAGCAAUUUCACUUUUACAUCAUUUUGUGUCAGUAACACUUUGUGUAUAGAUGGGGUGGUGGUUUUGGCUGUUAAAUAAUUUGAUGUGAAACGUUGCGCUGUACCAUUGAAAGCUCGAUUUCUGAUGUUUUGUGUACGGAUUUAUUCAAGUGUGUAAGCCAGAAGUAGAAAAUCAAUUCAUUAUACACUUAUUGUAAUGAUUAAAGUAUAGUCACUUUUAAAUGAUUGUUUUAAAAGCCAUUUCAUGCCUGUAAAUGCUUUUUUAUUUUAUAUUGACUCAAUGGAUGCACAAAAUAAUGAUUUUGAUUAUUAUAGCAACGAUAUUGAGGCUUUUCAUGUUAUUUGUAAUACAUGUGAUUGUGUCUUUCAAUGUUCUACCUUGUAUCUUCUUUCCUACUUUUAUAGGGAUAUAGCAUUCCAUAAUCAGUACUAGAUUGCCCCAGUACUGGUAUAGAAUAAAUUGUAGUGACUUUUAAGGUAAAAUAACUUUACAUUUUUCAAUAAAUUCGCUGAAAAUGUGCUCGUUUAAAGUUUAUUACAAUCAUUACAAUAACCCACUAUUAUUAUUAUUAUUAUUAUUAUUUCUUUCUUGUCUUCAUACACUUUGCUAAUUCUUUACAAAAGAAAAAAAAUGCUUUUCAAUCCGUUAUCCCAUUUACUGAUAAUCAAUUCCAAUGAAAAUGUUUAAUUUGUUCUUAAUAUUGAAAAAAGAAGAAAAGAUUAAGGCAUAAUUCAAAUACUCUCAUUCUCACUUGAAAAUGUUAAAGUUAGUUGAUCUCUGAAGCAGCUUGUUGUAUUCAGCCAUAAUAGAGUUUACUCCUUACUGGUCGACAUGUCAGCUAUCAUGCAAAAUGGCCACCUGCCAUUAAAAAUAUAAGAGAUUUGACAUUAUUGCAAUGGAAAAUCAUUAUUAAUUAAGUUAUGAUUCGAAAGGUACUUUGCUCUUGGUUGAAUAAAGUAAAUGAGGUUUAUAUACCUUGUCCACAAACUAUUUUAUAGGUAAUGAAUAAUGAUAAACAAUCUGAAUUAUUGCAAGUAUAGUGUAGUUUACUGUAAGAAUUUAUUUUUGUUAUCAGAAUUUGAUUCUUAAGUCAUUUCUUUAUGUUAGAUAUCUCGUGUUUGUUUUUGUUACCAUUAUGAAUAUUAAAUGUUCAUUAAUAUAUUGAGCUUAAAGCAAA